AUGGCCUCGCUCACCAACGUUAACGAAGCCGGGUUCCCGCCAGGCGUCAUGAAUAUUCUCGUCGACGACAUCAUGUCCUCUCAUAUGGAUAUUGAGAAGUUAUCCUUCCUGAUCAUGGAGAGGGUAGCACAGACAAACUUGAAGGAUUUCACGCUCGAGCUUCGGGACAAGAGCUCGAGCAUCAUCUUCAACGAUGCGGAUCUGGAUUUGGCGGUCGAUUCGAGCUCGCACGGGAUCUUCUUGAACCACGGCCAAGCAUGUUGCCCUGUUUCCCGGAUCCUCGUGCAGUCUGGUAUCUACGACGAGUCUCAAGAGGCUUACCGCGAAGGCGGUCACAGCAUGUCCUACAUCGAGUCUGGCAAAUCCGAAGGCACGACGGUCCAGCUCGGCAGCAUCGAACCAACCAUCUUCACGAACACAGCAGUCAACAUACGAAUCGUUCAACAAGAUAUCUUCGUGCCCGUCGGGGUCGUAAUCAAGUUCGAGGACAAAACAGAAGUGCUGCGGCAGCCGAACGAUUCGCUGUAUGGGAUGGUCGCGUUGGUGUUCAGGCGGAAUAUUAGUAGGGGCUUGGGGUCCGCACAUAAGCUCAAGGCGGGGAUGGCGAGGAUCACUCGCGCGAACCAGAUAUAUUUGACUGACCUUAUUCGUCUAGGAUUCCUUUGA